GGCAUCAUCCGUCCGAACGGCCCCGACGGCCGCGGUGCAGCGCUGGGCACGGGCGGGGACAGAGCCCCCGCUGUCUGCUGGCGGCGAUUGUGGCUUGUCCGUUGGGUCUCUCCAGCCCUUAAAAGCCCCAUUGCUGCUGCUUCUGUCCUCCAGCACUGAGCGACCGUCCCUCGGGACCGUGGGGGCCUAUCGCUGACGCGUGGUUACCACGUUUUCUCUACAUUCUAAAGCUCUUGACAACAUUAAUCCAUCCUGCAUCACAUCCUGCAUCCCUUAUAUACGGCUUAUGUGUUCUGCUGACACGUUCCGUAUCAUUUCUGGACCGCGAGAGCCUCGAACUGCCAUCACCAAACCGCUGGCCACCAGUGGCCGUCAGGGUGUAAUCAGCAAAGAUCGCUAUUAAAAAGAAGUUUUCAGUGAUCUCUCAUUAACCAAAACCAUAAUUCCAUAGCCCAGAAAUCAAUUACGGCUUCAGUUAGGUCUUUGCAUCGCAUCAGAACAAAGAUCUCUUCUGCAAACAUUGAAUUUUUUAAAUUCGGUUCUGUUGGAGAGAAGAGACAAAAUGGGCCGCGGUGCCAUUUGGAACGGGCAUCCAAAGCACUGCUCUGUGCAUGAACUCACAGAACCUCGGCUGCAAGAGUUGGGAGGCAGCUCGCAGCUGUAAGGAACUGUGGAAACAGAAUUCAUGAAUGUAUGGAAGGAUUACGUAAAGUGGGAGUCUCCAGGCAGGAGAGGAGAGGUGCAGCGCGAGGCUGCUUGUUCCGUGCUCUUUCUUUAAUGCAGGAACAAGCACCCAGCGAAACAAGGUGGGGAGGGCUGGAAAUAAAAGCUGUUGUUUUUUGCCACAAUGUUUAAUUAAGCUGAGAGACUCUUUGCCAGGAGACACUGCGGGAGCCAACUUAAGAGCUUGGAGGUUGAUAGGGAAGAAAAGCUGCAAAGGCUUGUUUGGUGCUUUCUGGUGUGACUGCUGAAAUUGUUUAUCGGGAAAUAAAGGUACAAGAGCUGAUUCUCUGAGGGCACAAUAGAAACAAAACACACGAAAACAUGAGGUCAGAAUAAGAAAAGAGUUUCAGCUUUUGUCCUUUCCUGCAUAUGCUCUGGAGCUUUUAAGAUCUGCAUGUGGCUGAAUUGUACUGGGUUCAAACUGGCUCUUAAAGACCUCUUGGGUCAUUUCAAAGAGGGAACGUGAAAUAAUGAAGGACAGGUGGGUGUUAGUGUUUGUCAGUGAUGCGAGUGCCCCUUGCUUUCAUCAUUGCACUGUGUGCGGCCGUGGGGCUGAAGACCUGUAUCCGUGGAGGCAGUCACCCCCUGAGAGACAUCCCGCUGCAGGAAGGGAAGGCUUCCAUCCAACCCAGAGGGAUUUUUUGUGAGAAGGAGAUGCAUUGUUACGGGAAAAUCAGAUUUCCCUGAGUCUAUGAGAUACUCAGAUCACUGCCCGUCACUCUUGUCCUCUCGCCUCGCAGCCUUAAUGAAUGAUAACGUAGGAAGGGCAGAGGAAAUGCCCAAUUCAGGUGCUGUCUGUGGUUGAAGGAUGAAUUCGGAAGAUGAUUUUCUGUUGUUUUGGGUACAGAGUGAAAAUGGGAACAUCGGGUGAGCUUAUCUUUGUGCAGCUGUUCCAUUUCUUGUCGUGACGAGGGUUUUUUGGCUUUCCAUGCUCCUGUGGAAGCAAGCAGUGUGCACGGCUUGUGAGGAAAAAGAUGGGGCAGAGGGGUUUCAGUUUGCUUAAAAAAAAAAAGAGGAAAAAAAGGGAAAAAAUGAUUAGUGAAGCGAUAUACAACAAUAAUAAUACUAAGACCUUAACAAACUCCAAAAUACCAGUAAUACAAAAACGUUGCUUUUAGUGACAAGUAACAUUCUAGUGCUAAGAUGUUUAGGCUAUAGAGAAAACGCCUCAGGAACAGACGCCUGUUUUCUUCUUAAAUAAACCGAAUCUCGCACUCCUCCUCGUUCCUUCUCACUUCCGAGGGGGCCAAGGGAACGUGUUGCAGAAGGCAACUGGCCAACAGAAAAUAGGAACGCUGCGAGAAUCGGGAAGGAUUUCAAACCCUGCGUGUAGGGAACGUGCUUCAGAGGGAGCAGUUCUGUGAGCAGUGGCCCCGGAACGCACUCUGUGCCGCAGGAGGAGGAGCGCUGGGGCUGAGGAUCCCUUCCUUCUCUGCCCGGUUAUGGUACAACCACAGCGUGAACAUCUCAGAGCACAAGAAGAUGAUGAUCUCUCCCUUUUCCUUCUCUUUUAAGACUGAGCGUAGCCAGCUCCUUCAAGCUGUCCUCGUAUUCCAUCUGCUCUCCGUUCUCCAUCGUCCAUCUGCUCCAGCUCUUUAAUUAUCUUGGUGGCCCUUGACUAAAUUGCUUGAAUAUGUCAAUAUAAUGUACUGGGGAGCUCGAAACUACUGUUUUCACUCUGUGUUUGAUAAUACAUCUCCAAAGCAAGGGUUAUGAAUAGAAAAUAACAAGCUUGGUUGCUAAAAAUGAAUACUGUGCCUUUUUGUUCUGGCCUGACAUUGCUGAAGAAGCCAGUUGACAUAAACUCCAGAAAAUAUCAAAUAAUCCCUAAACACAAAACGAGGAUAUUCUGUCCAUUGCUUUUGAACAUCAGAUUUUCACAUGAGAAAGAGUCUUGGUAACAGUGGGGUGGAAAAGUCUUUUGUCAGCAGCUGCUCCUCAAAAUCUGAAGGAACAUAAGUAGUAAUAGUGGGGGUGAAAAAGCAGAGGAAUUUUGGAUGCAAUGCAGAGGAGCAGUCAGAGAACAACCUCAGCUUUUGGGUGAGAUGCAGAGUGGGACGCCGUGGUCUUGUGGUUUCGUGCAUGGCGUGCUUCCCCAGGGGAGGUGGUGGAAACGGGAUGGUACUGGAGGAGAAUGAGUCCCCCAGCGCGACGCAGAUCGCUGUUGCAUUGUGUGGAUGGACACUGUCCCUUGUACAUAAGGGACAGGGCCAAGUUCAUCACCCACCACAAAAAAAAGGAACUGCAAUCUAGCCAAGGUUUAAAUUGUUCAUAAAGGGUAACUCCAGAUCCAGAGUUGUGUCCCUAGAAAUACAAGUUAACUUUUUAUUCUAGGGAAGCCUUGAUACCAAGCUUAUUGAAUAGCGUGGUGUAGAGUCUCUGUCCAAGUGUGCUUGCUCCCAUAGGGCUGUGGUGCUCGCAGAGGUUCCAGCUCUUUCCUGACUGCCUUUCUCCCCUACAGAUGUCUCUCCAGUUGUGGCAGGCCUCAUUGGUGCUACUGUCCUGGUGGUUUCUGUCUCAGUAACAGUUUUUGUGUGGACAUGCUGUCACCAGCAAGCAGAAAAAAAGCACAAAACCCCACCAUAUAAAUUCAUUCACAUGUUGAAAGGCAUCAGCAUCUAUCCGGAGACCUUGAGUAACAAGAAGAAAAUCAACCGAAUCCGGAGAGACAAGAACGGCGCUCCUAAGGAGACUGGGAGGGGAAACCUUUUGGUGGAUGCUGCUGAAUCUGGCUUGGUAGGCUCUGAGAAGGCUCCAGAUGCACCAAAUGCAGCUCCCCACAUUGAUCAGCUUCCGAUCAAAGUAGAUUAUGGAGAUGAACUAAGCCCAGAUCAAAGCCUCACUCCGGGGGGAAGUAAAACCUCCUCCCCAUCUUCUCCAGGGGAGGACGUCCUGUUGGGUGAACUGACUUUCUCAGUGGACUACAACUUCCCCAAAAAAGCGCUGGUAGUUACCAUUCAGGAGGCUCACGGGCUGCCGGUCAUGGAUGAGCACACUCAGAGCUCUGACCCAUACAUCAAGAUGACAAUUCUUCCAGACAAAAGGCAUCGCGUGAAGACUCGCGUGCUUCGCAAGACGCUGGAUCCGGUCUUUGAUGAAACCUUCACUUUCUAUGGGAUCCCCUACAGCCAGCUCCAGGAUUUAGUGCUUCACUUCCUGGUGUUGAGUUUCGAUCGCUUUUCUCGAGAUGAUGUGAUUGGAGAAGUCAUGGUGCCCCUCGCAGGAGUGGAUCCGAGCACAGGAAAGGUUCAGCUGACCAGGGAGAUUCUCAAAAGGAACAUACAAAAAUGCAUUAGCAGAGGAGAGCUGCAGGUCUCACUAUCUUACCAACCCGUGGCGCAGAGAAUGACCGUUGUGGUGCUGAAAGCCAGACAUUUGCCAAAGAUGGAUAUCACUGGCCUCUCAGAUCCCUACGUGAAGGUGAACGUUUAUUAUGGAAGAAAGCGCAUAGCGAAAAAGAAGACUCACGUGAAGAAGUGCACUUUGAAUCCCGUCUUCAACGAGUCCUUCAUUUACGACAUCCCCGUCGAUCUCCUUCCCGACAUCAGCAUCGAGUUCCUCGUGAUCGAUUUCGACCGCACCACAAAGAACGAAGUGGUGGGACGGCUGAUCCUGGGAGCGCACAGCGUCACCGCAGCCGGCGUGGAGCACUGGCGAGAGGUUUGUGAGAAUCCUAGGAAGCCGGUGGCCAAGUGGCACAGCCUGAGCGAAUACUAGCAGAGGUUGCGGCAGCUGAUCAUAGAACAGACUUAAACCUUGUUUUAGCUGUAGAACUAAACUUUCGUAAGAAGCAGCAGCUGAUGGGUUCUCUAGUGAUGUGAUUUUUGCAGGGCACUACGAUUCUAAAGAGCAUUGAAUUAAAAAAAAAAAAAAUACCACAAAUAUAUAUAACAGUGUAAUCACGCUAUUGCAUGCCUAAUACAAACUGAAAUUAGUAUAACUACCAAUAUCAAGUCGCAGAUUUUAAUACAAUUAUCUGUCACUAUGGAAGUUGUGUUUGUGCCGAACUGUCUUUGCUGGUAUUCACCAAAAUUGGCCUGUCUUUAUUAGGCUUCUCCCAAAGUUUCUGGAUUCUGCUGUUUAACCUCUAGUUUCUUGUUAGUUUGCCUGCCCAUUGAUUCUUGCAGUUCUCUUCUUUGCUGGUUUGGGAGUACCAACUGCAUUUCCAUUUAGAGGUGGUUUAGAAUUCUGCACUAAUGCAAAAGGAAAACACAGGGGAAAAUGGCACUUUCCUUCAGAGACAAAAUAAUUUCUUUAUCAGGUACUAAAAGACUUAUAUUGUGGUGUCCCUGCUUUGGAGCUGUAAGGCCACCACCCCAAAGAUUCACAUCUAAAAUUCGUACACCAACACAUGGACCACUUUGCUUUUGCUCCCUGGAAAUUAGCACAGACACGAUCCUACAGACUGGCAGAGCUGGGGGAGUUCCACUCCACUGCGUUUUAUUUAACCCUGUCUGUGCCUGAAGGGCCCAACAGAACCAGACACAGUGCUGUUUGUUAAGGAAACUCUUGCUGGUUCUUCUAAACAUGAAAUCUGUAAUUCCCCAGGAUCGGUGAGCUCUGUUAUAGCAGCAUAAUGUGACGAGAUAGGAGAAUAGCUUGUGGGGGAGAGGCGUGAAGUGAAAACUUCACAGAGCUUCCCUUAGAUUCAAACUGAGUCAAUUCACAUGAUCUGUGGCAGCUCUCAAAAAAGAGUAACGCAGGGCAAAGUCUGUGCUACACAAAGUCAAACUGGUCGAGAAGUCAAGCUUUAGAAUGUCAGAGCAGCUCGAGUUAGCUCUUAAGUUGUGGACACGACUUCUGAGACUUGGAAUAUGCAUCCUGUCACCUCUGAAAGGCGACCAUGCUGCUCGAUAAAUGUGGCCUGCAGCGCUUCAGGCUGCCAGCCCCAAACAGUCAGCAGUUCUGAGCAGGAGUUCCUCCAGUAUAUACCUGAAGUUUGGAAACAGCCGCAUUCGAUCUCACUUUAUAGCGAGAGAACAUUCCCCAAGAAGUUAUUACCCAGGAGGAUCUUGGUGAGUAGCUUGAUUGGGCUUCUUCCUGCAUUCAAGCCAGGAAAGACAAAAGGAUGAGAACUGGCAGCAAAGAAUUACUUGUAAGCAUUGGUGGUGAGCUGAGCGUAAGCAGUCCUACCAAGCUGCAGGAAUUCAAAGCGUUUCCCUGCCCUCCAAUGGAAACACAAAGCAGAACUGAGCUUGCAGGGAGGCACGCAGCAGACAGCGAGGCUGCGGCGCUCGUGUGGUUGCUUCCAGGCAGCCCGUCUGUUCUGUGCCAUGUGGAAGGUAAAUAGCGUGUCGUAAUUAAGCACUUCUGGAGAUCGUUGAACUACUUGCAGGACUUGGCAAUUGAGUUUUAGAGCCCUGAUGGAAAAAUGAACCUUCCCACCUCCUUCCUAAUGAAAGUAGAAUCACUGAGCAAGUCUUACCCGGUUCCCUUUCCAGCCACAAAGUAAAGCACUGCUGCUGGGAGGGCUCUUCGUGCGGGCAGCCAGCGCUCGGUCGGUUGGCAACCCUUUGGCAUCGCUCCCUUAGAAAUUGCCUUUGGAAGGCUGAAUUUUCUCCCUCGUAGCCACUCUCUCAUUGAAACUUCCUUCUAGGCAAAAUGUCUGUUCAGAAGAGAAGUCGCGCUGAAGCUGCAGCUCUGCUUCUCAGUGCUGCGUGGCAGAUGGAAGCGCAGAACUUCUGUUUGCGCUUAAUUGAUCCCAGUGACGAGCGUUACUGCCUGAGGUUGUAGCAUUUUAUCUUCAUCCCUUACAGCCACAAACCAGAGUUCUCCUCCGGGAGCUGCCGUAGGUCUGUUCCAGUCCUGGUUUUUGCACUAAGCAAUCGUGUCGCUCAAGUUUAGGAAUCAUCACAACUUUUAAUUUCUCAGAAAAUCCAAUCACCCGGACAGAACAAACUAACACAAAGUUCCCUUCUUUUCCCUUCAGUGUGAGAAGCAUGCGUAAGCCUAGAUGAUCUCUAUAAGAUUCCUUUAGUUGAGAAGGAAAGAUGAACUUCUUGUCAAGGAAACAUGCUCAGGGUAAAUAGUCUUAGGCUAUCGGGCAGAUAGGAAUAGCUCCAACGCUUCUGGAAUAAUAGGAAACUGAAGAUGUGCAGAUAUAUAUUUUUUAAAACGUAAAAUAGACAGUAAGUGACAGCGGACUCACUGUAAAAUCUCCCAGAUGUGGUUAUUCUUUACCUUGUGUCUUCUAUUGUAAAAUUAACUUGGACAGUUACAACGUUGUGUGGAGAAAAAAAAAAAAAGACAAAAAAAGGCAAAAAAAACCUAACUCAACAUGUGUGAAACCGCAUAAUGCUAGAAGCUACUUGACAUUAUGUAAUGCUAUCUUGUAUGUUGGAUUUGUUAACGCACAUUGAGCGUGGAAAUAAAAAUUAAAUCACUUUA